AUGACUGACGUUGAAGAAACUGUGGAAAUUCAACCAAUAAGUUUCCCUCCAGAGGUUUUUGCCCGAAUCUCACCAGAGUUAUCAUUACAAAGGCAUCUUGCGUUGGGGCUCCGUCCAUCCUUAAGGAGGUUCGAUGAAUUUAGAGAUAUUGAAAUUAAUGAAGAUUCAUUGUCUCGUUUCAAUGCUAGCCAUAUGAUGAACGAAGAUUCUCAGAAUAAUAUCUUGGGUUCUAACGUUCUAAAAUGUGGGAAGACUUUUGUCAUUACUUCAAUUACAGGGGGGAUAAUUGAAGAUACGAGUACAUCCCUAGAUGAAGUUGAUAUUGGAGAAAAGGAAUUACUAGAUAUUGUGGAACAAGAAGAUUCGUUAAACAAAUACACUUCUGUAUACCCAGUUGUGGAAGUCGAAAGAGGAAGAGUUGGUGCAUGUACUGAUGAAGAAAUGACUGUUUCACAGAAAUUGUUCGAUUCUUUAUUACAUUCAAGAAUAAUACCAAAGGAUUCUUUGAAAGUACAAACAGGUAUAAGAACUACUGACGAAAAUGGUGUAUCUCAAAUUAUAUAUCCGGAUGAGGUAAAUAAUGUUGAUGGUAAUGAUGUAGAUGAUUCAUAUAAACAUGUUAUGCCAAGGAAGAAAUGGUCAUAUGUUUUAUAUGCAAAGAUCGUUGUGUAUAGUCGUACAGGGCCAGUGUUUGAUAUGUGUUGGAAUUCUUUAAUGUAUGCAUUACAAUCAACAAGGCUUCCUAGAGCAUUUAUUGAUGAGCGUGCUACAGAUUUGAAAAUGACAGUUAGAAUGAAAGGUAGGAGUACUACUAUUAGAGAAGCUUAUGAUAUAUUAUGUGAUCCUAAAAAAUCGUUACCAUUGACCUUGAAUGAUUCAAAUCUUGCCUAUGCAUCGAGUUUCGGUAUAAUCGAUCUUGAUCCUGAGGUUGCAUUAGAAGAAGCAAGAAAACAAGAAGAUAAACAAGAGGAUGUUGAGAUGGAUAAAAUAGACUCUAUACUACUCGCAGAUAUUGAUACAGAAGCGGAAGAAUCUAGUAUAUAUUCCACAAUAUCUCUAAUUAACAAUCUAAAAGGUGAUUUUAAACAAUUAAGUAUAAUAGGUGCUGGUAGUAGAAUAACACCAAAUAUGAUCAGAAAUGCCAUAACAUUAUCAAAGUGUAGAUCACAGGAUUUAUCUCAAAAGAUAAAGAAGUAA